AUAAUCAUAUAUAUGCAAUGUGAUAUGGCAAUGUGUGAAUGAAUUAACUUUAUAUCUCUGAUAGAGGACACCCUGUACAUUCCAAAUAUGUGUGAAAUUUUACUGUAAAUGAUACAACAGAUUGGGAAGUGCGGGGUCGCAACGGCUGAGUAUUUCACAACCGAAAACUUGGUUAUCUUCGUACGAUUUGUUUAAAACGCGUUUUUCACAUGAUAUUAGAAUUACGUACAUUUUGAAGAUUGUCCGGAACCAUGGAGAGGAGUAUCGAAAAAGCAAUGGACAAAGUGAUAAACACUGAAGGUGUUACAGGUGUUAUUUUGACUGAUCACUCUGGCCUUUGUUUGGGAGUGAAAGGUAAUGCGACAACAGACAGUGCAGGAAUAGUAGCAGCGAUCGCUGAUCAAGUUGAAAAACUAGAAGAGACAGAAAAUGCUCCCAUAAUUUCAUUGCAAGGUGACAACAGACAAUGUGCGAUCCAGCGGAAGGGGCCAGUUGUUGGAGCGAUAUACAAAACCGUUUCAUCCUGAAUUCAAUUUGUUAAUCACGUUAAUUAUGAUUUCGGGCAAGUGAUUAUGUUAUUUACACAAAAGUUCUUUUUAGAAUUAAAAGCGAUGAAUUAGCAAAAAUAAGGAAAGUGAGGUUAAGAAAAUGUAGACUCGUGUUUAUAUAAAAUAAAUAUAAUUAUUACUAUUCGACAAGUA